AUGAAUAUCACGUGUCCGGGUAUUAUUACGAACGAGAUCAUCCUGGACCCGUACCUGAAUGCUGGUCAGUAUGGGGGCGCUAUAUUUGGAGCAGGAUUACCUGCCUUGUUCUUCCUGGCUUCCUGGGGUUUCAACUGCUGUCGGGUCAUUGAAGAUGACGAGGGCGGUUGCUCAGCCGUGGAUAGCUGGCCCGGCUUUUGCUACCGGAUCCUCUACACCGGCUACUUCGCUCUCUUCACCGUCUCCCUGCUAUUGCAGCUCCUUGCGAGUUUUUUGUCCUUAGCUGGUGAAAACACUGAGCUACUCUUUGCCCGGGUGCUUGUCGUUUUUGCCUGUGGAUGCCGGCUGUGUAUCGGUGUCGGUGUAGCUGAGAAGUUAUUUCCGAAUCGUCUCUGGAUCCUGGCUUGGAUGUCCAGUGUCGGAUUAACGUUGGGUUGCGCCGCAGUCGUCGUGGAGGUGUCCACUGCCUUCGGUACGCAGGAUCCCGGGGAACUUGUCGAGGCCUCUUUCGUCACCGUCGCAUACGCCUGGAUGAUCCUGGCUUGGACACUGGCCUCAUGGAAGAACCCGAAGAUCCGGCCCUACUUGAAGAUUAAGGUGCCUGCAUGCGUUGUCCUGAUGGCAGCAUUUUGGGUGCGUGCACUUUUUGAGCCCAGCUGUGGCCCGCGAGGUCAUGUCGAGUGCUACGCCUCAUGUGGACUCGGGGCCGCUGGUGUUCACCACAUACUCUUCGGGGCGCUUUUCUUGAUCCCACACCUUCUCUUGCAGCACUUGCAGGUGGAGCGAGAUAGGGAUCUUGUCGCUAUGCCUCGGAACCGGCUCUGCGGAUCUUCUACGCGUACACAGCCCUGA